AUGUCAAUUAAAGAAAACUAUACGAUCACCGUUUUGGGGUGUGGAGUCAUGGGCACGGCCGUGGUGUCUGCCAUCUUAAAUGCAGAGUUUCUGCCAUAUCCUUCGAAGAUUAUCUGCUGUACUAGCCGUGAAGAGCUGGCACUCAACUUGAAGAAGAAACUCAACCACGAAAUCAUUGAGGUUAGUUAUGGUUCCGAAGCCAAUUCCAAAGCCGCUAAGAAAGCCGAUAUAGUCAUUUUGGCUUGUAAACCUUACAUGUACGAGACAGUAUUAAGUCAAGCACCAAUUAACAAUGGCAGCUUAUUGAUCUCGUUAUUGGCAGGUGUCACCACCAAGGAAUUGCAAAAAUAUUCUGUAAAUGUAGCCAAGGUUAUGACCAACACACCAGCCCAGUAUGGUUGUGGGACUGCAAUGGUGAGCUUUUCAGACCCGGAAGCCGAAGAAAAGUAUGGUGAUCUCGUGAUGAAGUUGAUCAAUCCAGUUGGUUUGGCUAUGAAGAUACCAGAAAAAAAUAUGGACGCUGCCACAGCCUUGGUGGGCUCGGGACCUGCGUUCUGUUUGUUGAUGAUGGAGUCGUUGAUAGACGGGGGAGUCAGAAUGGGAAUUCCUUUUGCCGUGGCUAAAGACGCUGCAGCCAAGGUGAUGGAAGGAACAGCCAAAAUGGUGCUUGAAACAGGCGAUCACCCAGCCGCGCUCAAGAGCAAGGUGUGUACUCCAGGAGGUACCACCAUUGGGGGUUUGUUGAAGUUGGAAGAUGCUGGUGUUCGUGGAAGUAUUGCGCGAGCUGUGGAAGAAGCUGCUAAUAUAUCUGCGUCGUUUGCAAAGAAGUAG